AUGUCGGCGCUCACCGAAAUCCCCACCGAGGCCGCUUUCGCAGAGCACAUCACCUCUCUGCCGCGUGAAACACUCGCCGUUUUAUACUUUUACGCUUCAUGGGCUGCACCUUGCACACAGAUGCGCAAUGUCCUCAGCGCCCUCGCCUCGCAGUACCCCGCCACAACCCCGCCGACCGUCUCGUUUGUCAGCAUCGACGCGGAGCAACUGCCUGAUAUCUCGGAGGAGUACGAUGUGUCUGCCGUUCCAUUCGUUGUCUGCCUGAAGAAUGGCGAGAUUCUCGAGUCCAUUAGUGGCAGUGACGCCAUCAAGGUCCGCGACGCUAUCGAGCGUCAUGUCGGCGGAGGUGUCCCCACUGACGGCGUACACCGCGCUCAUAUUCCUCCCCCGCUGUCCGCUGUUCUGCGUGAGAAUGGCCCCGCGACUGCGACUCAGGCGCCUGUUGCUACGCCAGAUGGUUCUGUCGGCCCUGCUGCCAAUGCCGUCCCCGUCUCGGCGGACCCUGCUCUCACACCCGAGCAGACGAAGGAGGCUCUCUUCGCGCGCCUCGGUGAACUUGUUAAGGCCGCGCCGGUUAUGUUGUUCAUGAAGGGUACCCCCAGCUCCCCGCAGUGUGGUUUUAGUCGGCAGCUGGUGGGAAUUCUGCGUGAACGCAGUAUCAAGUACGGAUUUUUCAACAUUCUUGCCGAUGAAGACGUGCGCCAGGGUCUGAAGGAGUUUGCCGAAUGGCCAACUUUUCCGCAAUUGUGGGUUGCUGGCGAGUUGGUCGGUGGAUUGGAUAUCGUCCGUGAGGAAAUCAAUGCCGAUCCCGACUUCCUGGCCGAUUUCUCUGUCAGCAAGCCCGCGGCUUAG